CGCCGUCUUGGCGGCGACUUUGCAGAUAAGGACAAGCGGCGCAUCUAUUUGGGACUCGAGCGGCAGACCACGUGUGACCAAUUCAAGGCCAUCAAGAAACUCGUGCUGUGCGGCGUCACCUUCCACCGGAUGCUCGUGGCUCUCGGGAACGGGACGCAAGGCAAAGAUAACCGAACUGAAGUGUGCCCGCUUGUGAAGGAGAUGAAGUACUGUAUGUACUCGGCCACACACGACUCCGGCUGCUCAGAUGCCCUUUUCCUCAACACUGAGAUAUCUGUUCUAAAGAAAUACAUGCUCAUGGAGUUCGAAGACGCAUGCAAUACACUACCGUCUAGUGAAGACCAGGAAUUCAAGGUGUACCGUCAAGCUUGUGAGCUCAAGGAAUUCACCCACGAGUGGGAGUCGUGUGACUCGGCGAUGGAGGACGACAUCAGCCUUUUCUAUCGGAAUGGCUCUGCUCUUCGGAAGACUGCCAUCAGCAACCGUGUGCGACGGAGACUUUGCACUGACCUUGUCGGCUACCGCAAGUGCCUGAACGACUCGGCUGACAAGCACCACUGCUCCGCAGUGGCACCUCAGGUCGCAGAGAUGAGCAACGAGCUGUUUGACCGCUUGGGCCUUAUCUACUGUUCCGGCUGCAGCCGCAGGACUAGCGCCUGGGUCCUGAUGACACUCGCCAGCGCAGCUAGCUGGCUCACGCGCAUGUCAGCAAACCUAUCGUGACUAAACGGCGCUCUCUAGCCGAAGGCAUUAAAAGAACAGUGAAGUCAAAAUUAAAAGAAGGCUGGCCACAGAAAAAAAAAAAUGUUGACCGGUUCUUGGCCGCUACAAUUA